AUGCGUUCGUUUGUUUUCGUAUGGUUAGUGGUCGUCAGCGUACCUCAGCUUGUCCAGUCCCAGAUCCCUCCAUCAUACACAAUCGGUCUUAUUUUACCCAGUCGGUCGGACUUUCUUCAACUGAAAACGAAUAUCACUUAUGAAGAGCUCAAGGAAACUUUUUCCUAUGCCGUUGCCGACGUCAACUACUACUACUACAACUAUUUAACUGUAGACUCGUUAUAUAUAGAUUCAGCAAGUCAUCCAAGCGUCUUCACCAGCCGAUUCUUGAAUCUGCUCUCGGGCGGGUUGCGACCACCGGUGGCUAUGAUUGGUCCGUUUCAUGUGGAUCGUUUGAGUUAUAUAGCUCCGUUGGCUGAAAUGAGUCAAGUGCCACUCGUUUCUCCGUGGAUACCUUUGUCUCAAAUGAAGAGGUUUCUCCCACACUCAAACAGAAUGCCAUUAUCGAUGGAAGCAGCGCAGAGCACGCACGGAGACGAACUGAUCAGAAUAAUGGAGUAUCACGGUUGGUCUCACAUCGCUUUCGUCAUCACACAAUCUCCACUACAACAUCAUUCUCCAUAUCAACAGAAUAUCAGAAACAUUCGUUACGGGACUGAAGCUCUCGACGUGACGGUAGUGGCUACCGCUUGGAUUCCACCAGCUGAAGACUACGGGAAUGACACGGAUGCAUUUGAGACGGCAAUAAUACCAGAAAUGGAGACGAUCUGGAACAGCGGGGCAACGGUCAUUGUUCUCUCUAUUGAGCAAGUUACUCUGACUUACGAGGUACUGAUGCGAGCAGCCGACAAGUUUGAUCUUAUCAAUAAUUCUACUGCUUGGAUCAGUUUGAACGUCGGGGCGGCACGUGAUCUUGAAUGGGCGAUUAAUAGAGUUCGAAAAGACGUUCUAAAUUUACUAGAUGGAAUGAUCGUUACUGCCACUGAUCUAUACGAUUACUACGAUACACCUUUGAAAGUUCAACCGUAUAUCUUGUAUCCUGACAAAUUGAAAAAUCCCCUUGCUCAGUUGUUGUACGACAGCGUGUGGGCCGUGGCGAUUGCAAUCAACUACACUUUGUACCCAAUUUCAACAGAGAAUGUUCCAGUUGGCGACCUUCAACUCCAACGCUGGACGUCGGGAGAAGAAAUAGUAAUGAACAUAAAGGGUACGAAUUUUGUAGGAACAAGUGGUCUCGUGACGUUCAAUAAUGAAGAGCGACUGACAUGGAAUAACAUUUAUAAUAUUAGACUUAAAUAUCCUCUGGGCAACUACGUAGGAUAUUAUGGUUUUGGCAAACUUCUUAUGGAGAAUCCUGUCUAUUGGCAUAAGAACUCGAUUCGGAGCCCAACCGGAGAAGUCAACAUUUGCCGUCAUAGAAUCAAUGUUCUACUGGCAGGAGGUCGGUAUAAGCCAUACAUCGAGUUUUCAAACGACGAAACUAAUAGAAAAUAUUUUGGUUGGGCUGUUGACCUGUUUGAAAAAGCAGCGAAGAAAAGCUGUCUGAACAACAUCAAUUACUACUCUAUUCCCAAUAUCACGUGGAAUGAGGCCAUUGAUGUAGUAGAGGGUAGACAUCUCGCAAGCAUAGGUGUCCAGGAAUACGGCGGUGUAGAAUUUCAUGUGGUCGUUGGACCGUUGGCUAUCACGCCCGAAAGGAUCUCUAAGGUCGACUUCACACGCUCGAUAAAGUCAGUGUCCUAUCGAGUAGCGAUUCUUAAACCGGAAGCCGAUCUUACAAAUCUUUGGGAAUUCUUCAAGCCAUUUUCAUGGGAGCUCUGGAUUUUAACUUUUUUCUUCUUUGUGGUGGGUGGUUUCCUUUUGUUUGUGCUUGAGAGAAACAGGAAUACGUCGCCCGAAGAUGCUCCAAACUUUGGAGACUCGAUUUUCGUUUCUCUGUCUGUGUUCUUCUACACUAAUGAUCAGGAUAGUGUCAUCUCGCAUUCCGGUCGGGGUUAUCUUGCUGUCUCUUGGUUUGUUACUCUCGUUCUUUAUGCAUGCUUUACUGCUAAUCUCACAGUAUUUCUUUUGAGGCGCCAGGAAAUAUCAAUAUACGGGACAAUUGAAGAUAUUCACGACGGCGUUAUUGGGGCAUCCAACGUGACAGGAGCAUUGUCCUAUUUACAAAAUGCGUAUCCCAGGUUGACGUUUGAAAACGUGUCAUCUGAGGACUGGUUGGAACGAUUGAUAUCCAAAGAGAUAACAGCUUACGUUGACGACUCAUCUGUUCUGGAAUUUGAAGCGAAAACUGAAUGCAAAAUUAAGCUGCUGGACGACGAAAUACGUGUAUUAAACGCAGCUUUUGCUCUCAAGCACAAUUCACCGUAUACUCACAAACUGAAUGAUGGUAUCAGACAUGCUUGGUUUGACAACUAUCUCGAGGAACUUGACCAAAAAUACUUCGAAUGGGCAGACGUGUGUGAAGGCGACGGAGAAGUAGCUCCAGACGAUCCGCUAAAUCUGCGUCAUCUUGGAGGCAUCUUUAUCAUAUUGUCUGCAGUCACCAUAAUGUGCUUAUUGGGAGAUCUCGUGCGUCGUUAUUUCAUAAAAACUGGAGUCAUAGGAUGCAGUCAAGAUGCAGAGCCAAAUAUAUUGCAAAACGCAACAGAUGUUGCUACUACUGCAAUGACCACAGAAGCAGCGAAAUGUGUGUUUGUAAACGAAUUUAGUCAAUUUAGGAGUUUUCGUGGCAAAAACAUGGUGCCAAACAACGAGCAGGAACCUUCUUCAACAACGUUUUCCAACCCAGGAAUGACUCCAAUUGGACAAAUGGAUUCUUUAGGAAACACUUCGAUUAGUAAAGUUUAA